AUUAUAAUACGAAUUGAAAUUCAGCCUAAAGUUGAAGGACUACACUUGAAAAGUCUGCUUUCGAAUUCGCAGGUUGUUGGGUCCACCGCACUCCACAGUCCAAAACUCCUUUGGAACCCAUCUCUCUCCUCCGCGAUCGCUUCUAGUUCGGCACAUUUUGAGCACCCCUCUCGUUCGAUCGGAGCACUAAUUCUCCACUUCCGGUUUUUCUUGAUUCCAAGGUUUUUGCUUAGGGUUUGGGUUUCUGAACUUUGAGCAGCAUGGUAAUUCUACCGGUUUUUGGGGUUUCAUAUUUGCUUUGGUUUAAUUAUAAGAAAGAUAUUGGUUGAUGCUUUACUUUCUUUUCUUUCUUUUUUUUUUUCCCUUCUUUUAUUCCCUCCCAAACUUGUAGAAUUAUUUAAUUGGAGCAUUCAAGCCGGCUUGCCACAUUGCGGUUACAUUUUCAGAUGGGAAAACUCGUAAGCAGGUUCCGUUAAAGAAAGAAAAUGGCCAAGUUGUAAUGGUUCCUCUCUUUCACAGCCAGGAAAACAUUGCUGGAAAGAUUUCAAUUGAACCUGUGUCUGGGAAAAAAGUUGAACACAAUGGAAUAAAAGUAGAACUUCUUGGGCAGAUAGAAAUGUACUUUGACAGGAACAACUUCUAUGAUUUUACCUCCCUGGUUCGGGAAUUGGAUGUUCCUGGUGAGAUAUACGAGCGAAAGACAUAUCCAUUUGAGUUUUCAACAGUUGAAAUGCCAUACGAGACUUAUAAUGGUGUUAACGUACGACUUAGAUAUGUUCUCAAAGUGACUAUAAGUCGGGGAUAUGCUGGUAGCAUUGUGGAGUAUCAAGAUUUUGUGGUCCGCAACUACAGUCCACCUCCACCAAUCAACAAUAGUAUUAAGAUGGAAGUUGGAAUUGAAGAUUGCCUUCACAUUGAGUUUGAGUACAACAAGAGCAAGUAUCAUCUUAAAGAUGUUAUUAUUGGAAAGAUAUAUUUUCUUCUUGUGAGAAUCAAGAUUAAAAAUAUGGAUUUGGAGAUCAGACGCCGGGAAUCAACUGGAUCAGGUCCCAACACUCAUGUGGAGACAGAGACGCUCGCAAAGUUUGAAUUGAUGGAUGGUGCUCCCGUAAGAGGUGAAUCUAUUCCAAUCAGACUUUUCCUAAGUCCAUAUGAACUGACACCAACCUACCGUAACAUCAACAACAAAUUCAGUGUGAAAUACUACUUAAAUCUCGUGCUAGUUGAUGAAGAGGACAGGCGGUACUUUAAACAGCAGGAAGUCACGAUAUACCGUGCGGAAUCAUCUUAAUACAGCAUCAUUCUGGUAUUUAUUGAUGUUUUAGUGGAGUUGUAUGCUUUAUGAAGCUUAGGUAUAUGUGAACUAAUCGCACAAUAUGCAGACUCUUGUCAUCGAUGGCUGAAAGAAUAUUGUAGUUGGUUGAACAUGCUUUCAGUUUUUAGUUUUCUUGCAAAUGUAUAGACCAAUCAUGUUAUGUACAUCGGAAGCUCAAGUCGGAAGCCAUGGUUUCAACCUUUAUUGAAGAUUGGGUGGAUAAAUCGGGAUAUUAGAGAGCAACCAUUUCCUUGUGCUGGUGCUUGUCUGGGAUUUCUUUUUUCCUUCACUUUUCGUCUUAGAUAGUGAAAUAUUACCUCCUUCGGCUUGUUAGUUGUAUUGAUGUUUGAACUUGAGAUCUUUAUUGUGAACCUUCUCGACGCUGACCUCGUUUGAACAUCGCCAUGUUGAAGUGAUCUUGUAAUUAUAUUUUCUUGAAUAUUUAUUUGCCUUUCCUUUACGGUGCAUUCGGUGUAUUACGACUAUUGACUUUAUGAAAUCUCAC